GCAUCUCCUCCACGGGCCUGCAACCCGGACGGACGACAUCUCUACAUCCGUCACUACACAAUCAUAGCACAUACAUAGGUAGAUUACUAUAAUGUAGUAUGCGUUCGCCGCCGCUAGCUUUUAAAGCCUUUCCGGGCACGCGCCCGUUUGUACGCCCUUCCCCGUCGCCAUCCCGUUCCCCUCUUGCCCUCUUUCGCCUCCGACAACGCUCAUGGCUCGCUCUCACAUAGCCGUUGCCUUGGCUGGCGCCACGGUUGCUUUGCUUUUUCUCACCCAACUCCUCGCCUAUUUCGGCCUGCCCCAAGUCGAUUUCUGGCGCUGGCAGCAAGAUGGCAGCGCGUGGAGAAGCCAUGGCGACAUGCAGACGCAGCUGGGUGUCAAGGACGCGACUCAUCAAGCUGCCGCUGAGGCCGGAGACCGGUACUUGAUCGGCGUGGGCAAGGCGGACAUCACUGGCCCGGUGGUGGAGCUCAACAUGAUGGGCUAUGCCAACACGAGCCAAAUCGGGUCCGGCCUCCGCCAGCGCAUCUAUUCGCGCGCCUUUGUCAUUGGCGAUGUUGACAAGCCCGACGAGCGCUUCUUGUAUCUUAUCCUGGACACCCAGUCUGGCGACACGGCCAUCCGUAAUGGUAUACUGGAAGGCCUUGCGAGCUUGGGCGAUGAUUACGCCAUGUACAGCCACUCCAACGUUGCCGUUGUGGGCACGCACAGCCACUCCGGACCUGGAGCCUGGUUGAACUACCUCUUGCCGCAAAUCACCAGUCUGGGCUUCUCUAAACAGAGCUACCAGGCCAUCGUAGACGGAACGCUUUUGUCCAUCAAACGUGCGCACGAGAACCUUACCACUGGAAGUCUCAGUGUCGGUACUACCACCAUUCAGGAUGCCAACAUCAACCGCAGCCUGUGGGCCUACCUCCACAAUCCCGAGAAAGAGCGCGCGCGCUACACUGACAGCGUCGACAAAACCAUGACACUUCUUCGUUUCCAGCGUGACAGCGACGGGAAAGACAUUGGUGUCUUGACAUGGUUUGCUGUCCAUGGCACGUCUUUGCUUGGAAACCAGACUCUCAUUACCGGUGACAACAAGGGUGUGGCUGCAUACCUGUUUGAGCAGGAUAUGGCAACCAGCUCCAAUGCUGCUGAAGGCUUCGUGGCUGGAUUCUCGCAGACCAAUGUUGGCGACACUAGCCCAAACGUCAACGAUGCUUGGUGCGAGGACGGCAGCAACCAGAAAUGCUCACUUGAGAACAGUACCUGUGGUGGUAAGAGCCAGCCAUGCCAUGGCAGAGGUCCGUACUUCGGCUUGAAUGAUGGAGGAGCCAAAAGUUGCUAUGAGAUCGGUCGCCGUCAGUAUGCUGGUGCCAAAGAGAUUUAUGAUUCAUUGACGUCCGGUGGCACGAGCAUAUCUGGAUCCAUCAAGUCUCUGCAUUCGUUUGUCGACUUCUCCGACUACAGUUUUCCCCUCUCUAACGGCAGCUACGUCUCUACCUGCUCUGCCGCCAUGGGCAACUCGUUUGCCGCCGGUACGACAGACGGACCUGGCGCCUUUGACUUCACGCAAGGCGAUUCCGACUCACCUGACAACCCGUUCUGGAAUGCUGUCGGUAGCCUCAUCCAUAUACCGUCUGCCGCACAGAAGAAAUGCCAGUCUCCGAAGCCGAUUCUUUUGGAUGUUGGCGCGAGCAAGCUUCCCUAUCCCUGGGCGGCAAACAUCGUCGACAUUCAGGUGCUGCGCGUAGGACAGUUUUUCAUCAUCGUCUCGCCCGGUGAAGCGACCACCAUGUCUGGACGGCGCUGGCGCGAGGCGUUGCACAAAGAAGUUGUGUCUUCCGAUCUGCUCUCAUCUGAGGGUAGCCCACAGCCCAUCGUCGUGCUCGGUGCCCCAGGAAACAGCUACGUACACUACAUUGCGACGGAAGAAGAGUAUGGCGCGCAGCGCUACGAAGGCGCGUCGACGCUCCACGGUCCGCACACUUUGCAGGCCUACAUCAACCUCACACUGACCUACCUGCCGUAUCUGUCGCCAAGCGCUAGCGGCGGACCACCCGCCGGUCCCUCGCCGCCUGAUAACCGGAAUCGCAGCCUGAACUUCAUCUCGGGUGUCGUGGCAGACAGUGCCGGUAUCGGAAAGAGCUUCGGCGAUGUGGUCACUGAUGUCCAUGUCAAUGCCUCAUACUCGGCAGGUGAUAUUGUGCAGGCAACCUUCAUCGGCGCUAACCCGCGCAACAACCUCCGUCUCGAAGGAACUUAUGCGGCGGUUGAGCGGAAAAACGACGACUCGGGUGACUGGGAACGCGUGCUUGAGGAUAAGGAUUGGGAGCUUGUGUUCGAGUGGAAGAGGAUCAGCACUAUCUUGGCUACGAGCCAGGUUACGCUCACGUGGGAGACGAACGCGAACUCGAAGGCUGGCAAGUACCGCUUCAGGUAUUACGGAGACGCGAAGAGCAUAGGUGGUACCAUCAAAUCGUUUGAGGGGGUGAGUGGAGAGUUCACCCUUAGUUGAAAAGGAUGGAAGCAUGGAUCUUUAGGGAGGAAGGGUUGACAAUGACGGAUGUAUAUACGGUAUGACCAUCGUUAAUCUACACACCUCUGGCCAGAUUUGUCGAAAUUGUUUCUGGGGGGUUCAGCCUCCUGCUAUAGGUGC